CCGCGACGCCACCCAGCGCCCAAAGCAAGAUUUCAGGGGAAGUCUUUGCGUCUCUGGCAGCUCCUAGCAUCACGCGAGGGGGAUACGCCGCUGGGGAAAAGUUUCCCCCGUCCUGCGCGUCUCUGCAGCCUUGCGCCCCGGGCCCAGGCAUCUCCGAGCUAGUGAUGGCCCCGCCGAGGACCCGCGCUCUGCUCUUGCUCUUGCUGCUGACCCUGCUGGGGCUGGGGCUGGUGCAGCCCGCCGACGGCCAGGACCGCAUGUAUCAGCGAUUCCUGCGGCAGCACGUGGACCCUGAGGGGAAGGGUGGCAACGACACCUACUGCAACGUCAUGAUGCAAAGGCGGAAGAUGACCACGCGCCAGUGCAAGCGCUUCAACACCUUCGUCCAUGAAGACAUCUGGAACAUUCGUAGUAUCUGUAGCACCACCAACAUCCAGUGUAAGAAUGGCAAGAUGAACUGCCAUGAGGGCGUAGUGAAGGUCACGGACUGCAGGGAGACGGGCAGCUCCCGGGCCCCCAACUGCAGGUAUCGGGCGUCGGCGAGCACUCGGCACGUGGUCAUUGCCUGCGAGGGGGACCCGGAGCUCCCUGUGCACUUUGACAGAUAGACACCUUGGCCUUUAGCCUACGUCUUGAAUAGCAGCGAGGAGUGCACGGGAGCUGCCCCAAGCUCUGUCUCCUCUGCUUUUUACUUUUUUCUCUUUAUAAUCCAUUCAGUUAAGUACAAUUGUAUCAAAGAGAAAUGCAGACGUAAACUUGUAAUGACUCUGGGCUUUUCUGUACUCAACUUUUUUGAUUUCUUUUAUAAUACUAAUCAGUCUAGCUCUCAGAGCCUGUCCUCUGGAAUUCAGUCAUUAUAUGGAUUUAAACAGCAUUUCAAAGUGCUUUCAUCUAAAUCAUCUCCUUUUAAUGGCCCCGCACUUGGGGGAUGCUGUUGAUGCUGUUGUAUGUAGGAGCCCAAAGUUCAGGGAUUUGCGGAAGACCGUGAAAUCCGCGGAAAAGCUGAGACAGAAAUCCAGUUGAACUGGCUACUAAUCCAGGGCUUUUUCCACUUCACCACAGGGAGCAUUUUGAAAGCAAUUGCUUUUUGUUAUUCCCAAAAGUCAGCUGUUGGGAGAAGCAUUAGAAAUUUGGAAAUGCAGGCUGGCAAAAUGAGAGCUCUAUCUGCAUAAUCGGGCUCCUUGUUGUGCUGGGGUCUGACAAGACCGAGAAAUGAUACAAGAGUUUUCCUUUCUUUCUUUCCCAUCUUUUAAAUCACUCUUGCAAGUCAGAAUAUUAAGAAUGUGCUAGAUCAUUUAAGACUCACUCAUUCCUCCUGAUUGAAACAUCUUUCAUGUUUUCCUUGUAAUAAAGGACUUAGAGUACGUUAUCUGA